AUGGCCUCCCGUCAACCAGCAGGCGCCCGCCCCGGGGCCAAGUUCGCCCAGUUCAAGCUCGUCUUGCUUGGCGAGUCCGCUGUCGGAAAGAGUUCGCUGGUGCUGCGAUUCGUUAAGGACCAAUUCGAUGAUUACCGCGAGUCAACUAUCGGCGCCGCUUUCCUAACACAGACCAUCUCCCUCGACGAGAGUACCACCGUCAAAUUUGAAAUCUGGGACACUGCUGGCCAGGAGAGAUAUAAGUCGCUGGCUCCCAUGUACUAUCGAAAUGCCAACUGUGCUGUUGUGGUCUAUGACAUCACCCAAGCUUCUUCGCUGGACAAAGCCAAGUCCUGGGUAAAGGAGCUCCAGCGUCAAGCUAACGAGAACAUUGUGAUUGCGCUGGCAGGCAAUAAGCUCGAUCUUGUUACCGAGAGUCCCGAUAAGCGGGCAAUUCCGACCGCAGACGCUGAAGCCUAUGCCCGUGAGGCUGGUCUCCUCUUUUUCGAAACCUCCGCCAAGUCAUCGACAAACGUCAAUGAAUUGUUCACAGCCAUCGCGAAGAAGUUGCCUCUCGACCAGGCCGGUCCCCGGAACCUCCGGGGAGCGGCCCCUCGACCUGGUGUCGACCUGCGGCCCGAGGCCCCUGGCACUCAGGGUGCCGGUGCUUGCAACUGUUAA